AUGGCCAAGACGGACGAUAUAAAUUUGGAGGUCCCACAAACGGCGGAGGUUGAAGUCGUAAAAGAUCAUAUGAACUACGAUCUUGUCGACAAGGAGGUCGUUGAAGUCGACAAACCUACGAGUCGCCGGCUGAGAAGGCUCAUCGACAAGCGUGUGAUGGUGGUCAUGACAAUAACGUAUCUGAUUCAGACCUUGGAUAAGGGAACUAUGUCUUAUGCGUCCAUCAUGGGCAUUGUCUCUGAUGCACAUUUGGUUGGUCAGCAGUAUUCCUGGAUGACCACGAUCUUGUAUCUCAUCAUUCUGUGUGUUGAGUAUCCGGAAAAUUACAUCAUCCAGCGAGUUCCCAUCGCCAAAUGGCUUUUUCUAAACGUGAUUUUGUGGGGAAUCGUCCUUGCUCUACAGGCUGCUACGAAGAAUUUCGCAGGUUUGAUCACUCUCCGUGCUUUCCUCGGCGUGUUUGAAGCCGCGACUCAACCAACAUUUACCCUUUUGUCAUCUAUCUGGUACACCCGGGAAGAGCAGGCGGGGGCUGUCACUUUUUGGUUCAUGAUGAAUGGCUUGAAUCAAAUCCUGGGCGGCCUCCUGGCUUUCUGUUUUUCAUUUGUACCCUCCACCGGGCCUGUAAAGUCCUGGCAAGCCUUGUUCAUGUCUUACGGUAUCUUGACCGUCCUUUGGGGACUUUUUAUCGCGUGGUGGAUGCCCGACUCGCCCAUGAAGGUGCACUGUUUUAGUGAAGAGGACAAAAAACUCAUGGUUGAGCGUGUCCGCAAGAACCGGACCGGACUUCAGAACCGCCAAUUUCGUAAGGAGCAACUAUGUGAUGCUUUAACUGACCCUCAAUUUUAUGCAAUCAUUCUCAUCCAACUCACCCUGACUAUUCCCUCUGGAGGCCUCGGUGCCUUUAACAAUAUCAUUGUGAAAUCCUUCGGCUUCACAACUUGGCAAACCUAA